CCUCUAGCCGUGGAGAUGCUGACGGAAGAUCUGCCCGCGCUGCUGCAGAACCUCCUGGUCGGCAUCGAGCGGGCGAUCAGCCGCGUCCCGCUGGAGGACCUGUCCUUUCCCGCGCCCGCCCCGCCAGACCAGCCGGAACCGGGCCCGGAAGCUACCCCGACACCGGCAGCAUCGGCGGCGGAUGCGCACGAUGGUGGCAAACCCGUCGCCGCCACCGGCGAACCGCCCGGCACGCCCAAGCUCGGCCUGCUGAAGCGCCGCGAACUGAUCACCAAAAACAACAAACUGCUAAUCAACAGCAAGUACACGCAGCUCCACCGCCGGCAGCCAUCGACCGGCGGCGUUUCCGGUGCGAACCUGUCAACGGCGCCCUCGGCGGUCGGCGGCACUCACGCCGAACACCACGGCCCGCCGCGCUCCAUCGACGUCGCCAACGGGGGAAAAAGUGAAACCACUCCACAAAUCAAUGGCGGCGGUGGCGGUGGUGGCAAUCAGCGUAAUGAUGGCCUAAGCGUAACCAUCUGUGACACUGGUGGUGUCGAGGGGGGCGGUGGUGGGCCAGAGAAUGGAGGCGAUAAUGGCCAAUCACCACCACCAUCGGCUGACAUUGGCGCGACGAUGCCACUAUUCUGUCUCGGCGGUUCCUUCCCGCACAUCGACAGCGACGAGGAAAGCAGCGAUGAGCAGAAGAAAUGUGAAACAGCACCCCAUCUGCCGCACGAAAUAGUCGCCCCACGCUCGAUCCGCGAUCUGCCGGAGAAACUCCUCACUUCGGGAAUUUCGAUACCAGGAACGCAUGAUCGCUCCGGAUCGCCCAUCAUCUACAUCGAGGUGGAGAAAACGCUAGCAUCGGGGCUGAACUGUUACGAAAUUGCGACCGUCCUACUGUACUACAACACCCUGCCGAUCCAAAGACCCGCCCACUACACCCUCCACCUGCUGGUGCACGAGUGCGCCCAGCUCGCCUUCCUCGAGACGAUCGAGAGCACCCUGCAGCUGCUCGAUGGCCAUCUGAAGCUGGCGGCAGUGUUCGUGUCCGGGUCGUACGACGCGCCGGAAGCCCCGGCGAAGGACCAGCUCCGGCCGGGCGGGGUGCGCAUCAAGUAUCUGAACAACGAGACGAUCAAGAACUUCAUCAGCACCGACAACCUGCCGAUCCAGUGCUGCGGCUUCUACGUGCACGAUCAGCGCGAGUGGGUCGACUUCUUCCAGCUGCUGGAACCGCUGCAGCAGCAGUGCGUCGAGACGGGCCGCCGACUGGUUGGGGUGUUGGGUGACCUACGCACCCUGGAAUCGCAGCACCAGCACCAACAGCAGCAGCUACAGCAACAGCAGCCACCCGGUACUGCGACAACGCGCCGCCAGCUGCACUCCCAGCAUCGGGCCCUCAGCCGAGCGCUGAUGGACUCGGAGCUGCAGAACCUGCGCCGCAAGGGCCCGAACACCAUCCAGCGGCUGCAGGACAAGCUGCCCGUUAUCAACAACCGACACACGCUUAAACAAACCAAAAAUCUAGUUAGAGCCUUUAGUGUAGAUAGUAAUACUCGUAGCGUUAAUGGAGCAUGUACCACCACCACCACCACCACGAACGGAGGCAGCAGCAACGGAGCGGUAAAUGGAAGCCGGGUCGAACCAGGGCAGGACAUCAUCAACGCCCGGCUGGCCGAAGUUAUUGCCAUCUACGGUGAGGUCGAUCGGGCCGCACGGAAGCUCGAGCAGCUCACCGAACAGCGCCGCGAACGGCUACGCGAGAUGACACGCCAGCGCGCCCUCGACGAUGAGAUCAAUGAGGUCAUUUCUUGGAUGCGAAACGAGGGCGAAAAAUCACUCCGUACGUACGGUGAUCCGGCCAGCCUGGAGUGCCCGGACGCGGCAAAAGAGUCCGAGCAGCAGUUCGAGCAGUUCUACUUCAUCGCCCGCAAGCACCUGGGCAAGGGGCGUGACCUGUGCGAUGCGUCCGGCGAGCUGGAGAGUAUGCGCGAGAACCUCCGGAUGCUGAAGGAGUGUGCGGACGAGUUUCAGGAGCGGUUGGAGCGGGUCCGGGAGCGCAUCGAGGGUGCGGCACGGCUGCACAGUCUGCUGGGUAUGCAGCAGCUCAAGCUGGACGAGGACAUCCGCACGGAGAUGCUGAAGUUGGCGCAAAAGAUUGAAGCUCCCGAGCCGCUGGUUGAACGGUGCCGUCGGCUCCAGCUACCUACCGUGUCCAUCGACUCCAGCAACGAUGUGUCGCUUUGCUCCAUCGGGGAACCGAUGCCGGCGCCGGGGAGUGUGUGUAGCUCCAGCAAUGGCCACAAUAACAGCAACAACCACAACACGACAACCAGUACCAGUGAUAACAUAAGUCUAGAUCUAAGCCUCUCCGACGAGACGAUCACGGCCACGAGCACGCCGGAGAAGGGCAAAUUUGGCCACCCUCAGGCACCACCGCGACCGAUGUCGCCCCCAUCGUCACUGCCAACGCUCCCGACGGAGCAGGGUGAACCUCAGCAUCACCAUCAUCACCAUCACCACAACGGUCAAACGGGAGGGCUGCGACAUCGGAGGAGUCAGAGCCAUCAUCAUCACCACCAUCACCAUCAUCACCAUCGGCACGACGAGGAGGACGAGGAGCUGUCGAAGAUGGCCGACUCGGGACUUGGUGGUUGCGAUCGGUGCGAGGGUAAUGCCAAGCUGGAACGUACCUGCUCCUGUCAGAGUUUCGACGAUCCCAAGAACAUGUGCAACAACAGUGACGAUCUGGACGAGGACUGCUUUGAGGGCAUUUCAAAGCCACCGCUGGAUCUGCAGAUUCCGCUGCAGGCGAACGCUCAUCUGUACUGCCACGCGUCGAACCUGCAGCUGGACUACGAGGAGAACAAUCCGUUCGACCAGAAAACACAAAAGACGCUUCUAUUAAUCAUGCGCGAAAUGAUUGGCACAGAACGCGACUACGUUCGCUCGCUGCAGUACGUGAUCGAGAACUACACGCAGGAGCUGCUGCGUGAGGACAUCCCGCAGGCCCUGCGCGGUCAGCGUAACGUCAUCUUCGGCAACAUCGAGCGCAUCAGCGAGUUCCACCGGCAGCACUUCCUUAGCGAGCUGGAAAGCUGUGAGCAUCAUCCGCUGAAGGUUGGCAGCGCGUUUCUGCGCCACGAGUCCAAGUUCUACCUGUACGCGCUGUACAACAAGAACAAACCGAAGAGCGACUCGCUGAUGAGCGAAAAUGGCACGCAGUUCUUCAAGACGAAGCAGAUCGAGCUGAACGACAAGAUGGACCUGGCGUCGUACCUGCUGAAGCCGGUGCAGCGGAUGGGCAAGUACGCCCUGCUACUGCAGCAGCUCAUGAAGGCUUGUGCGGAUGUGCAACACACCAACAGCAAUCCGGAGAUGCUGGAGGACCUGGAGCUGCUGCAGAAGGCCGAAGAGAUGGUACGCUUUCAGCUGCGCCACGGAAACGACCUGCUAGCGAUGGACAGCCUGCGCGAUUGCGAUGUGAACGUGAAGGAACAGGGACGUUUGCUGCGCCAGAACGAGUUUCUCGUGUGGGAAGGAAAGGCGGGAAAGAAGUCGCUCCGGCAGGUGUUCCUGUUCGAGGAGCUGGUCCUCUUCAGUAAAGCCCGUCGGUUCCCCGAUCGGAAGAAUCUGGACAUUUACAUCUACAAAAACAGCAUUAAAACGUCCGACAUCGGGCUGACGGCGCACGUGGGCGACUCGCCGUACCGGUUCGAGAUCUGGUUCCGGAAGCGCAAACCGGGCGACACCUGGACGCUGCAGACGAUGAGCGAGGACGUGAAGAACGCGUGGACGGAGGAAAUUUCCAAGCUGCUGUGGAAGCAGGCGAAGCGCAACCGCGAGAUCCGGCUGGCCGAGAUGUCCUCGAUGGGGAUCGGAAGCAAACCAUGCCUUGACAUCCGCCCGAGCCAGGAUCAGAUCAACGAUCGGUCGAUUAGCAUUUCGCAGCUUGGUAAAGCACCCAAACUGCGGAACUCCUUCAUGGGCACCCUGCCGGAGUCGAAAUCGAGCAAGCGUCCCCAAUCGAUCAUCUCCGUCAGUUCGUCCUCGUCGGGCAGCUCGUCCGUCAGCACGGGCACGAGCUCGACGACCAGCGGCUGCGAGGCGACGACGGUCAGCGUCAGCGGCAACAGCAACAGUUCGUCCGCUUCCUCCUCGGCCGCCAGCAACAGUGGCAGCGCGAGCAGCAGUGCCAGCAGCACGAGCGCCACCAACAGCAUCAACACCACCACCUGCAAGCGCCUCACGCUCAGUAUUACCGACCCGAACGCGCCGGCACCUCUGAAGACGAGCUACAAGAAGCAUCAGCGAUCAACGACCCUCGUGAGCCAAUGUUCUAUGGAGAGUGGCAUCAUAGCUGACAUUUCCCUGAGCCCGGACGAGGUGCUGGAUGGGCCACACUGGCCCCCGCUGCACCACCAUCACCACCAUCAUCUGCAACACCUUCAUCAACCAAAGCACCACCACGCCGCCCUGAGGAAGUCGCACAGUGUGGCCUCUUCGGGCGCCUCCGGAACCGCGCCGAACAUCUCGGCCUCCACCGCCGCUACCAACGCGGGACCACCCCACUCGCUGUCCCUCGAUGGCGGCCCGGACGACAAGCCGGAACACGGCAGCAGUAAAACCAAUGGAACCUCGGCAACUGAAGCGAACAGCAACACCAUUACCGUUCACCUUUAAACACAGAACAAAAUAACAAAGAAAAAAAAUGAUUGAUAAUCAUACACAAUCUUCCAAUGGCGAUAGAGCCUCUCUCUCUCUCUCUCUCUCUGGUCGGAGGAUUGUUCCUCAGCAACACAUUGUACAAACCAUUGAAAUGCAAACAAAAAACCAGAACUAAGUUAACUCACCCCCCGUGCGCGGCCACGAACACACGUUGGUGUCCAUAUUUUAACCGACCCUUCCUUGGAUC